AUGAACUUUUAACACCAGAAUUAAGCGCAAGAGUUAUGAGAUUAAGCAACCACCCAUGCUUGCCCUUGGAAACCAUGAGAAAGAGAAGAUGGCUGCAAUUUGAGGAAGACCCAUGUCAGCAAAAGAAGCCUCAAGAGCAAGAAAAGGAAGGCCUAAGGCAUCUUCAAGAAAUGGAUAAAAGAAUCUGGUUAGGGUUAGGGCUCGGAAUGAGUAAUAAGGAAAAUAUAGAAGGUCCAGUUAGCAGCAGACUCACCGCGCUGCGAUCCCAUUUGUCUCCGGAUUCUUCAUCUUCCGCCAUGGCUUCUGAGAAAGAAGCUGCUCUUGCGGCUGCCCCCUCCGAUGCUCCGACCAUCUUUGACAAAAUCAUCAAGAAAGAGAUUCCAGCAAAUGUAGUUUAUGAGGAUGAUAAGGUACUGCUAAUCCUUUUUAUCUGUUGGGACAUGGGACAUAGCUCCUCAAGCUCCCACUCAUAUUCUAAUUAUUCCCAAAGGGAUGGCUUGACUGGACUGUCAAAGGCUGAGGAAAGGCACUUUGAGAUUCUUGGCUGCCUUCUUUACGCUGCUAAGCUGGUACCCAAGCAGGAAGGACUAGAAGAUGGCUUCAGGGUUGUGAUUAAUGAUGGCCCACAAGGAUGUCAAUCUGUUUAUCACAUUCACAUCCACCUCCUUGGUGGCUGCCAAAUGAACUGGCCUCCAGGCUAAGAUGGUGUAAAUGUUGAUUUGGACAGGUAAGACUUUCAUUGUAAUGAUAGUACAGUAGUAUUUGUUGUCUGCCUUGAAUGAUGAUUGUCUAAUCAUAAGCAAGCAAACUAGUUACUAGUUGCUUUCUAGUAAGAUGCUCUGGAUGUUCCAUGGCACUAGCUGCAGGGCUGGCCCCUAUGCUGGGUAAAGCCAAUGACCCUGGUCGAGUAUGAAAAUAAUAUGGUGCAACUGAGCUAUGCCCAGUGUUCCUCAUUUUCUUCAAGUUUCCAAGUGAAGUGAUAUCAAUUUACUUUUUGAUGCUUUGAGCCAUUCCUUGAAUGUGUUUGGAAGCAUGUGAAAGAUUUUGAAGCAUUAGAAUGCAGGAAUAAACAGUAAGAUGGGGA